AAUGACGCAACAUCAAGUCAGCUGUUUUUGUUUUGCUUCAUCUUUUUCUUUACUGCUCAAGUUCUCCGGCUGGCUAGCUAUGUAACAGUCAUUGUUAUUUUCGGUAAUAAAUCAGCAAAAAUAGCAGGCACACUCUGGAACUGCAAGGAACGUUCCCAGGAAUUGCCUGCCGAUCCCGGUCCUCCGAUCCGGUACGGAGGAGCGGAGGUAGCUGGGGACUGGAAUGGAGACCAGGGAAGGGACGGAUGGUCCUGGCCGAGCGGAAGGGUUGAUCUGCGCUUCCUUCAACCAAGAUACCACGUCAUUGGCUGUUGGGACCAAGAAGGGGUACAAGCUAUUUUCCGUGACCUCAAUCGAUCGGCUGGACCUCAUUCAUGAAAGUGCAGACACCCCUGAUGUCUACAUCGUGGAGCGCUUGUUCUCCAGCAGCUUGGUGGUGGUGGUCAGCCUCGCUGUGCCGUGUCGCAUGAAUGUCUAUCAUUUCAAGAAAGGCACAGAGAUCUGCAACUACAGCUACUCCAACAACAUCCUGGCCGUCCGACUCAACCGGCAGAGGCUGAUCGUUUGCCUGGAGGAGUCGAUCUACAUCCACAACAUCAAAGACAUGAAGCUGCUGAAGACCCUGCUCAACACGCCGUCCAACCCAGCAGGGCUCUGCGCUCUCUCCAACAACCAUUCCAACUCAUACCUGGUUUACCCGGGCAGUACCACCAUCGGGGAGAUAACUGUGUAUGACGCCAACAACCUGAGCACCGUGACCACGAUCGCUGCGCACGACAGCCCCCUGGCAGCCGUCACCUUCAAUGCGUCGGGCACCAAACUGGCCAGCGCCUCCGAGAGGGGCACCGUCAUCAGGGUUUUCGGCAUUCCCGACGGAGCGCGCUUGUUCGAGUUCCGCCGGGGAAUGAAAAGGUAUGUCAGCAUCAGCUCCCUGUCCUUCAGCGCUGACGCCCAGUUCCUGUGCGCUUCCAGUAACACAGAGACUGUGCACAUCUUUAAGCUGGAGCAGCACAGCCCAAGUCGAGAGGAGGAGUCCCCCACUUGGUCUGCCUACGUGGGGAAGAUGUUCUCGGCAGCCAGCAACUACCUCCCAGCACAGGUGUCCGACAUGAUGAACCAGGACCGCGCCUUUGCCACAGUGCGCCUCAACAUCUUUGGCCUGAAGAACGUAUGCGCUCUGGCCACGAUUCAGAAGCUGCCUCGGCUGCUGGUGGCCUCGUCUGAUGGAAGUCUCUAUAUUUACAACGUGGAUCCUCAGGAUGGUGGCGAAUGCGUACUAGUUAAGAACCACAGGCUGAUUGAGUCUGAGGACGGUCAGAGGGAAUCUGCUGACGUGUCGGAGAGCAGAGCGGCCCAACCUACGAGCCAGUCUUAUGCCGCCACUGUCGCUAUCCCCACUGCCACGCCUUCCACUACAGCUCUUACCGGGUACUCCGAAGAUGGAGGAAUGAGGAAGGGUGAAGUGAUCCCGGAACACGAGUUCGCGGCAGGACCCGUGUGUCUCGAUGAUGAGAAGGAGUUUCCCCCUAUAAAUCGAUGCCGUGACGAGACUCGGAGUGGCAAAGGGAGACGGCCGUGAGGUUAGAGCUCGCAGGUGGCAGCCCGUGGUGACCUGCAGCCGGAACAUCGGUUAAGCGUGAGCAGCAGAAACAAAGUCAUAGCAGGGCACUACGUUUCGUAUGACUAACCCAAAGGCGGGAAAAAUGGCAAGGGGGGCGGAGCAAAAAUGGAAGCUAGCGUCCUCCUCAGGACUAGAACUGGACUACAUUAGCAAAGCCUCAGGGGUGGGUGAUAUGGAAGGGUACAUGACUGAACUCAAAUAUAAGGAAAAAUCAGUUUACUUGACAAUUAAGAUUAACGAAAUAUAUUAAUUGUUAUUAUUGUAUUUAAUCGUGACUAAGAGUGUAACCGUUUUUAUCAUGUUUAAUCUGUUUUUUAGAUUGUUUUAUUUUGGAUACAUGUUUGUGUCUCCCUCCAUGUACCAUGCUGUUUUGUAUGUGCCUAUCAAUGUAAUUUGUAACCAUGGAAAGAGUUUUUGCCAGGUGCACUAAAACCAAAAGGCAGAAAAGAGUGGAAUUACAAUAGAAAUAAACUUAUGCAACUUGU